GGAAGCGACGGUCCUCCGGCCCUUUCCGGGAGACAAUUUAGUGGCGGGAAGAUAGGCCUCUGAGUCUGCAUCUUCCCGUCCCAGGCCGUACCUCCCAGCGCCAGUCAGAAUGGAGAUGCAACCCAGGGAACAAGCGGCCACCGAGUCCCCGGACUCCGGAGGCGGGGAAGGCAGGCCACCACAGGUCGCCGGCGCCCAGGAGGCACGUCCCGAGGACCGCCUGACCCUGCUGCUCAGGCUGAGAGCACAAACUAAACAGCAACUCUUGGAAUAUAAGUCAAUGCUUGAUGCGAGUGAAGAAAAAACUCCAGAACAAAUCAUGCAAGAUAAGCAAAUUGAAGCUAAAAUUGAAGACCUGGAAAAUGAAAUUGAAGAGGUGAAAACUGCUUUUGAAAUAAAAAGGCUUGCAUUACACAGGAUGCAACUUUCGGCUGCACUUAAAAAAAACCUGGAGAAAAUUAACCCCCAGACUAGCGUGCUCAUGGAUAACAUGAAACACAUAUUAAAGCUAAACAAAUUAAUCAUGAAGUCACAGCAGGAAUCUUGGGAUUUGGAGGAAAAACUGCUUGAUGUUAGAAAGAAGAGAUUACAAUUAAAACAAGCUUCAGAAAGUAAGCUUUUAGAAAUACAGACUGAAAAGAACAAACAGAAAGAUGAUUUGGCCAUUAUGGAAAAUUCAGACAAGAUAAAGACCGUACAACAAAACCUACAGACGGAGAUACAAGUUACUACAGUGAUUCAACAUGUGUUCCAGAACCUCAUUUUAGGAAGUAAAGCCAACUGGGCAGAGGAUUCUGCCUUUAAGGAAAUUGUUCUACAGCUUGAGAAGAAUCUCACCAUGAUCAAAUAAGAAUUUCUGUUUUAUUAUUUUUUGUUUCCAUCUUUCAUAUAUCAUUUAAAUAGCAUAUUUCAAGUAAUUUUUUUUAGUGUUUUUGGAACUAUUCUAAUACUACAAAUUUUUUGUAACUUAACACUAUAAUACGGAAUCUAUUGUUUUAAAUAUGAUAAUUAAAGUGACUGGCAUACUCCAAAAGAAUCUGAAGAUUUUAGUCUUGCAAAGUUCCCUCCCAAAAGACAUCUAAUCUAGCUUUCCACUGAAUGUAGACAUUUUUUUGCAACAUUCCUGGCAAUCCCAACUCUCUUUUGGAAUCUUUCUUUCUUUCUUUCUUUCUUUCUUUCUUUCUUUCUCUCUCUCUCUCUCUCUUUCUUUCUUUCUAUAGUUUCAAGUUUUUAUUUAAAUUCUAGUUUGUUAACACACAGUGUAAUAUUAAUUUCAGGAGUAAAAUUUAGUGGUUUAUCAUUUACAUACAACAUCCAAUGUUCAUCACAAGUGUCCACUUUAAUACUCAUCACCCAUUUAGCCCAUCCCCGACCACCAUCAUUUGGAAUACUUCUGUGCAUCUGUCAGUCAACUAAAAUAUUAGAAAUAUUAGAAAAUGAUAUCCACUUCUUGGGUUUUUUUCCAACUCUAAGUUGUAUUUUAUUCAGAUAAAUCUCAUUUUAUAUUUAUCUCCCCACAGAUUCUUUUUUCUCUUUUUCUUAAUACACAGAUAAAAUUGACAAAACAUUGUGUAAGUUGAAGGUGUAAGGGGGGCUGAUUUGACCACCAUGGCAUUAGCUAACAUCUUCAUCGUGUUACAUAAUUAUUUCUUUUUUCUGUGGUGAGAACAUUUAAGAUCUAGUCUGUUAGCAACUUUGAAGUAUGUAAUAGAGUAUUGUUAAUUGUAACCACUAUAACCACCCACUAAUGCUGUGCGUCAGAUUUCCAAAAACUUACCCAUCUUCCAACUGCAUGUUUGUGCCCUGUGACCAACAUCUCCCCAAGUCCCCAACACCCCAUCAACAUCUUUAAAUAGAGAUGCAAAUAAAGCACCUCAACCUUGAAAAAUAAAACAAAAAAAUAUCCAGAGUGUAA